AUGACUCGCUUACAAAUUGAUUUGAUUGAUAUGAGAACGAGACCGGAUGUCGUAUCGAGUGACAUAUCGGCAAAUGAAGUUUCUCUACUUUUGAAAGGAUUAUUCUACGUUUUUGGACCACAACGUUUACUACAUUCAGACAAUGAAAGAGAGUUUGUUGCUAGUGUAAUUGAUGGCAAGAAAGUUUUAUUUCCAUCUAUGUGCUUCGUUCGAGGACGAUCUCGUCAUCCACAAUCUCAAGGAUGUGCUGAAAAAGCGAAUGGUGUGUUGACCGGAGCGUUGGGGAAAUGGAUGGCGGACGAAGAUUCGGUUCAUUGGACUGAAGGCUUACUACCGGUUGUUUAUGGAAUUAAUACAAGAAUGUCUUCUGUAACUAAAACUACUCUGUACGAAGUUCUUUUUGGUCAAAAGCCGCGUUCAGAUGUGGAAUUUGGCGAGUAG